CGCCAAUCAACCUUAACUCCGACAUUCAAACCCGCCAAGACAUUUGAUCAAAAGACUGGCGAUAAUCUUCCACAGCGUCCACUUAGUACUCACUGCCUCGCCAUACCCCCUCACUACCGUCUCAAUCCCCUCAGAACCUUACGAAACCAUUCUAGCUUCCCAACACCCAUAUCAAGAUCCAGAAAAAUGGCCUCCGGAAUCUUCAACUCCACUUACUACGGCAAAGACUACCGCGCCGGAGCUGCCCUCCUGCGCGCCCGUCGCCCCUACCUCGUCAAGAAUGCCCUGACCGGACUUGGCCUCGUCGGGUUUACCAUCGCCGUCUAUGCCUAUACCAUCCGCGCAGUCGGCCAGGACGAAUUCUCCGAUGUCAAGGUUCCCGAGACACCCGCCAAGCCGCAGCAGAAGCAAUGAACACGAAUUGACCGUUCGAUUUAAUUCGUCGAUACUUGAAUGCCACUGCCGUUCGGAUCAGCCUAGGUCAUCGGUCGAUCGUGGUAGGAAUUGGACAUCGAUGGGCAGCAAAAAUGGUUCGAUUCAGUUGUUGACUCAGUAUGGGUAGCGGGUACCGGAGUAAUGUGGCGAAGUCUGUUUUGUUUUCUCAGCAUUUCAUGCUCGGGAGGCUUGAUUAGGAAAUGGCUUCGUUGUUAAAAAGUCAGGAUCCUACUAUGAGCUUACUGGGGGUGAAGUGAUAGUGGGCGAGGAGCUGCCGCCCCGUAUCCCUGCGCAGUUUGGGUGGUGCCACGCAGGUCGGUCGGUUGGAUGCCCGGUUGAUAAAUAUCUCUCAGCUCAUUUUUGAUUUGUUAUUUGUUCUUUCCUUAUUAGCAUUUACGUCUGUAUAUUAUCAGUUCGACUCAGUGAAGAUACCACCCUCUUAUUGACCGUGAAAUUUUGAUGCAGUAUCAUUAU